GUAGUCAAAUCUUGGAAAGGGAUACUUGUCGCUCGUGAGCUCACAACAUGUUUUGAAGGUGCUUCCCGAGAAAAAGUGUUCCUCACAGAUGCUCACUGACAGAACAUUCCAAGAGACUUGCGCACGGAGUCUUUCCCCGGAAAGCAUUCGGUCGUUCGGGAAACUCUCUCUAGAGAGAACUCUCAAGAAGAUCGCUCGGGCGCGCACAGGGGAACUCGAGUGAUUCCCUACAUGUGACCCCGCAGUGUCGAGCGAACGGCGUACGGAUUAUGUGCAAUCGUUAGGAUUACCGAGGACGAUGGUUCUGUGUGGAAGAUUAGAUUCGAGCCACAAGAACUGGCUGGAGAGAGUGGUGUGUUUCUUCAAGAAGAGAAUCCACAACUCCAACAAGGAGGCGCUUGUCUACGAUGCGAGUGACUAUUUCAUACGGAAAUGGGCGUUCACGCAACAGCCGGCACGAUGCAACAGCGAGAGCAACUUGGCGAACAUCGGAAGAGCCACGCCGCAAGCUAUCACGGAUUACAGGGUUCAACACAGCCAGGAUGACUUGCAGGUAACGAUAUGUGAUGAGUACCAAGAUCCUGUGGAUCUGAUCGCUGAGCUGAAAACCUCGCACGCCUUGACGGGUAGCGAUGGAUGUCUUGAAGAUAUGUAUUCGACUCCCUACGCCUCAAUGAAUUUGGCUGCGUCAGCCAAAAUCGCUGCCGCGGUCGCACGCAACGGCAACGUCGUACCUCCGAGACCUCCGCACAUUCGACGAGCGAAUUCCACGAGAGCACCUGCUGCGAAACCGGCUCUGAGCCCGCCAAGACAAGCUCCGCAAGCCCCGAUUUCUCGGCAAGUGCAACCCGUGUCUGCCAGAGAAGCUCCGUCUCAGAAGUCGGUGUCGCCACCUGGACCUCCGGUUCCAGCUCCAAGACAUCCCCGACUGGGCACGACGUAUCAGAACCUCCCACCCGCCGAAACUCAAAUCACACCGCCUCGUACAACUUCUAGACAAGCUUUCCCUCUUCCUGUCGACAAGAAGGACAAGGUGGUUCAGCAAAGCCCAUCAUGUGAUAAUCGACCAGAAGAGGAUUACGACUCCCCUUGGGAUCUUCCCAAGAGCGGACAGCCCUCAGCUGUCAAUGCACCGUCGCGACCACCAAAGACUAGCACCUCGUCGGCAAGCUCGACGAAAAGUAGUGAUGCCUCGCCGAAAAUGGCUCCGAAAGUUCCCGCUCAUAGAUCCGCUUCAGCGGCCGGCGAUAGACCGAAGCUCUCGGAGAGAUCGCAGGAUCUUAGCAGUGCAGGCGAGCAGAGCUCUGCCGCUUCACGACCAUGUCUUCCAUUGAACCUUAAUGGAUCGCCAAAACGUAGUCGACAGAAUAUGGCUUUGAAUUUCGGGUGUUCGUCUCUCUUGCCUAGCGGCGAGAGCGUCGAUCCGAAACUUAGUUUGGAAAAGCAGGGCUGGUAUCACGGCGCGAUCGCCCGUCUCGACGCAGAAAAUCUCCUCAGAGCUCAGAAAGAAGGCAGUUAUCUCGUUCGGAUAAGCGAAAGCAGCAAACAGGACUAUUCCCUGUCUAUCAAGAGCGCUCGAGGGUUCAUGCACAUGAAGAUUGUCCACAAGCCAGAGGGACGAUAUGUGCUCGGUCAAUUCAGCAAGCCAUUCGAAUCAAUACCGGAAAUGAUCCAUCAUUACUCACUGAACAAACUUCCUAUCAAGGGCGCUGAGCACAUGAGUCUCCUCCAUCCCGUCAUAGCCCAACUCCUAUGAAAUGCCAAUGUCACAUCCCAAAGCAUUGUCCCUUUUCUUGUCAUUCCUGUGUCCGCCCCUAUCUCCUGCAUCGAGUUAUCCCCAUUAUUUCCCCACGUGAGGCGCUCCGCAUUCUUCCGUGGUUCCAAUUCGUCUUAUAUCCUGCUUUUCCUCCUCCUGUCCUCCACCACAAACUCCCCUCAGAGAUUUCGGAAAGCUUUUGUUGGCGAUGAUACGAGUUGUAGUGUAGUCGCCAACGUAGAGUCGGAUGUCGCCGUCUCCUUGUUGCCAUCGCUAUCGGCGGCAUCGCACCAGCAACAAAAACUGAGAAGCCACAGCUUCGAUAAUUGUAUGUAUAUACGAGUCGAAAUAGUCAGUCUCCCCCAGAGUAGACGGAGCGUGAACUUAGCAUGUGACUCUUUGAGGACAGAAAACGAACGAGAACCCAGUCCACGGGCAGAGAGGUAAUUGCUCAACUACGCUGAGGAGACCAAACACUCACACAGACAAUGGAAGCAUGAAUGAAUGAUCGAACAAACAAGCAGACGAAAAAACACAGAUUGGGAGUCGGUCAAACAGAAGUAGACAUAUUUCGACGAGGGAACGUAGAAAUGUACGUUGGAAAACGUGAAUCGCAAUCGAGUGUCGCUCGACACCCACAAACCAAAUAGGGUUAAUGUAUUGUAGAAUGUCCAACACGGUCCCAUUCGACGGGGCCUGAUGUUGACGGUGGGGAAGGAAUAAUGAAUUUUUGGGCAUUUUGCUAAUAUAUGUAUCUUCGAGGACGACGUCGAAGGGAGAAGCAGCAUAAGGUACUCGAACUGAAUGAUGAGGACCGUCUAGGCACUGCUGGAAAGGGAAGCAGAAAACUGAGAACCCCGAGUCGA